AUGUCCAACGGUACACCUCUCUCGGUUCUCACUCUCAACUGCUGGGGACUGAAGUUUAUCGCAAAGGAUCGUGAGGACCGUCUGGCUGCUAUUGGUCGGUACCUGGGAGAUCCAGCUCACGGAUACGACAUUGUCGGUCUCCAGGAGGUCUGGGUCGAAAACGACUAUCUCCGAAUCAAGGAACUUGUCAAGGAUGUGCUGCCUUACACCAAGACCUGGGCCUCUGGUGCCUUGGGAUCUUCUGGCUUGGUCAUCCUCUCAAAGUUUCCCAUCGUUGAGACCUCCAUGCGUCGUUUUGCGUUGAAUGGCGAUCCUUUCAAGUUCUUCCAUGGCGACUGGUACGUUGGCAAGUGUGUCGUCAGUGCGACGAUUGCGCAUCCCACCUGUGGCGAGAUUGAGGUCUUUAACACCCAUUUGCAUGCUGGAUACGACCCCGUGGGCACCCCUGACUCUUAUCUUGGAUGUCGUGUUGGCGAGGCCUGGGAGAUGGCUUCGCUUGUCAAAGCGGCGACCUCACAAGGCCGUCAUGUUAUCUCGCUUGGAGAUUACAACAGUGCGCCCGACAGUCUGGUGAUCCAGCUAUUGAAGAAGCAAGGAGGGCUGACAGACUCAUGGAACAGGGUGCACCCCGAGCCGAGGAAUCCCAUCCCCUCAGGCUUGACUCCAGAGGAAGGAGUGGCCAUUAUGGGCGUCACCUGCGAUACACCCCUCAACAGCUGGGCUGGACACGUCUGGCUCAACUACCUGACAAACGACCCCAUCGGAGAGCGACUCGAUUAUGUGUUUUUCAAGGAGACCCCGGAGAUGACCUGCACACAUGUCGAGGUUGCCUUCCGGGACCAGAUCUCGGGCAUUGGAGCACCCAACUCUGGCCUCAAAAACUACAGUGACCAUUUCGGAGUCAAUGCAAAGUUCUUGAUCCAACCUGCAGUCUAUCACUUCCAGAACCGGUCUCCAGCCCUCGGUCUUUCGGACUCGUCGGUCUCGCUGGGUGCUAGGGAUUCAUCAGCAACGACAGCGAUUCAAGGAAAAGAUCAGGAGUUCACGGUUGAGUUCCUUGAGGAGAUUCUGUUGGUGCUCAAGCAGCAUAGAGGUAACUCGGCGUCAAGGCGCAAGCUGGAGCUGACCGUGAUCUUCCCCCUGAUGCUGUUGGGAGUCUUUGGUAUCAACAUUGCAUACUUUUGGAUUCAGCCUCGUUGGGCGGCGUUUAUUGUAUCGUGGGUUGCGAGUGCGUUGUCGUCGGGUUGGAUUGUUCAUUUCCUGUAUGGACUCUUGUACGGAGGCGAGACGGCUUCGGCAUACAGCAACACGAUCGCGGAGGUCCAGACUGUGCUGGAUUACAAGCGGGCAACGUCGACCAAGGACCAGAAGGCUUUCUCGGUUGGUGGUGCCUCCAGGACAAGCACCAGCAGCCGUGGGCGACAGGGGCUCUUGCAGCAAUGA